AUGCUGCUGAACCUGGCAACAACAACCCUCCCCGCCGCCCUGCUCCUCUGGAGCACUGGGUGCCGCAGUCACCUGCUGGGCGCUGCCUACCUUAUCCUCACCUAUGCGGCGUUCCUCCAGAGGUUCAUGCUCACCCUCCACUUCACGGAGCACCGACCCCUCUUCAAACCAGGGUACAGGCUGUUGAAUCUCGUCGCCCCCCUGAUCCUGGCCCCCCUGCUGGGGGUGCCCCCCGGCAUGUACCACCUGCACCACUGCAUCAUGCACCACUCCGGGAACAAUCGGUGGUCCCUGGACGCCUCGUCCACCGAGCGCUACCAGCGAGACAACCCGCUCCACUUCCUCAUGUGCGUGCCCGAGGUGCUGUACAAAAGGUACUGGGCGCGGUUCGCUCUGGGGAGCUGGUUCGAGCUCCCCUGGGUGGCGGCCCGGGCGGGGCGCUGGGGGGUGCUGGCCGCCUGCCUCGCCUGUGAGACCGGCUACCUGGCAGGGGUGCGCUGGGCGCUCCAGGCCAGCCCCGUCGCGGCGCUCUGGACGCUGGCCCUACCCUUUGCGGUCUCCUCCCUGGCGCUCAUGCUGGGCAACUGGUCGCAGCACCUGUUUCUGGAGCCCGCGGCGCCCCGCGGCAGCCUGGGACUGGCCUACAACUGCGUGGCCUGUGCGGACAACCAGCGCACCUACAAUGACGGGUACCAUGCCACCCACUGGACAGAGCUGCCUGCGCAAUUCGUGGCAACACUGGACAAGCAGGCUGCGGCGGGGACGCUGAUCUUCCGGGGGCUGGGCUUCUUUGAUGUUGGGGUAGCGGUCUUCACAGGCAACUACGACCUCCUUCAUGAUCACCUUGUCAAGUACACCCCUGCGCUGGCCGCAGCCGGGAGGUGUGAUGUCGAAGCCAUGCUGCGACGGCGCUUGGCACCCAUAAUCAUGUCGUGA